AGAAGUGAGAGAUCAGAAGUUAUUAGCUUCCUACACUCGCUUCAAUGAUGUUGAUGCUGAUACGUAGUUUUUAGUUAGUGAAGCACAUCGGACAGGCACGAAUUAUAGAAGCAACUCUGAACAGUAAGAAACUGACCAUUGAGAUAAGCGUUCCAAAAAACCAAGAGCGAAAAUUUGAUUUUGAGUAGGGUGAACAGUUGUUCUGUGUUGGUUUUAGUGAGUCAAAUUUAUUUGCGGCACUUCGACUCCAAUGAUUAUUCGUGUUCAGUCACCAAAUGGUACAAAGAGGAUAGAGUUAUCAGAGUCUGAGACCUAUGAAAAGCUUUUAAACCUAGUUUGUGAGCAAUUCUGUAUCAGCAGAGAUGAUGGCUGGUGUCUUUCCCGUUCCCACGACCAAACAGAACGUCUUAGCUGCAAACAGAAUACAACCAUUUCAAAAACAGGUCUAAAGCAUGGUGACCUUCUUUUUCUUCUGGAUCACAUCAAAAACCAUGUAGAUGGAGUUACUAAGGAUGGUCAUGUUGGUGAUAACAAAACGAGUAUGCAGAAUGAUUUCAACUCUCAAGGCAGUCGUAAUUGGUCUUCUAGCGGACCAUCAGAGGAUAAGGUCGAUCAAGAAAUGGCAAAAAUGGAUGGCCGAAUUCACCGAAAAAGAAAUGAGCAGUUGUGUCGUCAUACUUUAUCCGGACAAUGUAUCCACUGUGUCCCCCUUGAACCUUUCGACUCUGCCUAUUUAGAGCAUUUAGAUCCACCAGUGAAGUUUAUGUCGUUUCAUGCAUAUGUGCGUAAAUUGACCGGUGGUCAGACAAGAGGCAAAUUUGCAUUCUUAGAGAAUCUAAGCUGCAGCAUACGUCUAGGUUGUCGAGAUCACCCUCCAUGGCCUGAUGGAAUUUGUACAAAAUGUCAGCCGAAUCCAGUUACUUUGGAAAUCCAACCUUAUCGUCAUGUGGAUUUUGUACAAUUUGAAAAUCCUCAGUUGAUGGAUUCAUUUUUAGACUUCUGGCGACAAACUAAUUGUCAGCGAAUCGGUAUUAUGCUUGGACGGUAUACUCACUUCGAUACACCUGGUUCACCACCAUUAGCGAUCAAAGCUGUGGUCUCAGCAAUUUAUGAACCAGCUCAAGAAUCUACACCUAGGUCAGUCAAAUUAACUUGUCCUCUCGAUAGUGUUCUUCCAAAACAUGUUCUGGAAGUUGCUAAGCUUCUCGGUCUACAACCAGUUGGAUGGAUUUUCACAGAUUUAGUAGCACAAGACUCCAAUAUCAAGGGUGUUGUAAAACAUUUUCGUGGUACUAUUGAUACCUUCUUUUUAAGUGCUGAGGAGUGUAUAACUGCUGCACAUUUUCAAAAUCUUCACCCGAAUAUAUGUCGUCUUAGCCCUGAUGGAUGUUUUGGCUCGAAAUUUGUAACGGUCGUUGUCACUGGUGACGCAUCAAAUGAUAUUCACUUUGAAGCAUAUCAAGUCAGUAACCAAGCUAUGGCACUAGAAAGAGAUAAAAUCUUAGUGCCGACGUACGAUGCACCCGAAUUGGGUUUUAUUCGAGAGACUACAAAGGAACAAUUUGUCCCAGAAGUGUUCUAUGCAACAAAGGAUAAAUAUGGUAAUCGUGUUACACGAGUAGCUCGUCCUUUACCGGUUGAAUUUUUACUUAUCAAUAUGCCGGCAGCCUUUCCAAUUGAACCAGUGUAUACAAUGGCUAAGUUGCCUGAUGAUUUUCCAGUUGAAUGCCGAUUUCCUAUUGAGAAUCGUGAAAAUCUAGGUCAAAUUCAGGAUAUUCCUAGUUUUGCUCGUGUAUUUCACAGAUUUGGGAUGAAUCAAAUUUAUACAUGUCUAGCUAAUUUUCACCUCCUUGCCUGGUUAGCUGGAAAUGAUACGCUUGGUUUGCAACUUUUUGACUCUGAAGGUAGAAUGAAUGAAGAUAGUCAUGGGAUAGCCGGUCUGUUAAAUGCAAUUGCUUCAAGUUGUUAUGGUCAAUCAUCUACACCAGUAAAUGAAUCUGAAACAGCUGUCAAGAAAUGGGCAAUUGAUUCACCGAUUUGGGCUACUGUACAGGAGUUAACUAAUGCAGUUGUCUCCGGUAAGUUGCGUUUCUUUGAAACAGAAACCUGGCUUGUAACAGGGUUCAAAUCAGUAGCCUUCCCAUCACCGAUAUAGUGCCCUACCAGCUUCACCGUGUCGCCCAACCCUAGCCAGCUUUUUGUUUCAACUUUAGUCAUCUCUUACUUUCAUUAUCUGCUGAUAACCAUCGCUUUAUUCAAGAUAUUUUGGAUACAGUUUGGAAUUCUGUCACAAAAAGAAGCAGUCAUGGAAAGUAAUAUGCAAAUAAAGUUUAUAUUUGGACAAAUAAGCAACCAACCUAUUAGAUAAAUUUUAUUGCCAAAAGAUAUCAACAUAGUCUGAUCCCAAGUUAAUGAGAAAUAAACUCUUGAUAUAAAUGUAAUUCAGCAACUAUGUGCACUGUGUAAUGAGCUACACCUAAUGUGUGUGUUAAUGAUGCUAAAUAGACCUAGAUCUCGGAGCUGAAACCAGAAUCAGCUGCUUUGUCAAAUAAAUGUUUUAGGACUAAAGUUUUCAACCUUGUUGUGGUGUUAACUAUUGUUCUUUCUUAUUGAUACCACACAGACAGUAUUAUUUACUGGAUGAUGUUUGGAGAGGAAUCUAUUACUCAUAGUUAUGUCAGGAUAAUCACAAUAGAGCUGUGUCUCGUUGGUCUAGAUAGCUGACUCCUAACUAGUGAGUUACGAGUUCGAACACUGCUCCAUUUGUCCACGUUUGGGCAGCCAGGUAGUAUCAUUUGCCUACUGCACAAACGUGCUGAGAGUUUCGAUUUUCCGAUGCAACUUUUUGGCUAAAUUUCCAUAUUUUUACUUUUCUAUCCUCAUUUGAUUAGUCUUAAAAUUUUUCACAUAUCCGAAAUUAGCUAGAGAGAGAUAAAUUUGUAACCGAAGCUUUGUUUAUCGAGUCAACAUCUGAUACAUGUAAUAAGAAUGAUGCAACACCAGUUCCGGAUAUUCGGAAGAUUUUACUGCCUGUGAAACUAACGAAUGAAAAGUAACAGAACUAAACCAGGUUAUGUACUUACCUUGAUAUGAUUGGGCAAUAAAUUGUGCUCAAGACGUCAUCAGUAAACAAGCAUUGUUUCACCGUGAUACAUAUAAGAGAACUAUAUUAAAAUUGUACUCUACCACAACGCCUAAAUUCUACUUUUCUGUUGAGUAGACUUGGAUCUCGACAGUUUGAUACCAAUCAACACGAAGACUGUAAUGCUUUUUGAUCAGGAAGAAAUAUAUAUUUAUAACUUGACCAAAGUUCAUAUUGGAUCGUAUUCGUUCAAUUCAGAGCUGCAAAGGGAUGAUUGCUCACGGGAUCCCAUAUUAUUUAAAGCCUUUUUCACUGCCUACAUUACUCCCCACCUUUUUUGUUACAUACGCUGGUCUAACUUUAUGUAUAGUUAGACAAUAUUAUCCACAAAGAAGUUGGUAAAGAACAGGGAAAGGCGUAUUAUGAUUAAAUCAUCGGACUGUUUUAUCUAUGCCGAGUAUAUCAUUAGUCCCUACAUCACAAACGUGAAUUAUGUAUGUACUAAAAUGUUCGCGGUUUAUUACCAUUUACACCAUUAGUUACGGGUUGAACGUCUAAGUGUAAAGAGCUAGCUAGAUUUUUUAAAAUUUAUCGUUAACCUUGUUAACUUUUCAAGUUGAGGUGAUGGAUUCAGUUUGGUUAACUGAAUAAAAGAAAAAACUUUUAUUUUAGUAUAUCCUAUGCAAUGAGUUGUUACAGGCAAUCACUCUUCUUUUUUUUUUUAACAGACAUACCACCUAGUCCACAAUUAUCUCAGCCCGGCUCUUACCGCUCUGCAAUUAGUAGCUCACCUGUUUCCGUCGACGUAGGAGCAACAUCCACGCUGAAAUCAAGUCGGUCUUUUCAGGGACUUGCAUCAAGCGCCACAGAUUCAAGACCUUCAGGACCCAACCACUGGGCGUGUUCACACUGUACUUUCCACAACAGUCCAGAUACUGAUGAGUGCGAAAUGUGCCGUCUACCUCGGCGUGGAUAAACUUCAGUUCAUGGCUGAGAAAAGACUACUGAAUUAUUCUACUUAGUAAAGCACCUAAAUUGAACUAUUUCUGGUUUACGUUUCCCUAAAGUUCUCAUUGUUUGGUUUUGAUCUUUAUCAAAAAUGAACACAAAACUGUAUGUGAACAAUAUCUUUGUUACAAAUACAGACUUUCAGUUUCCCAAGUGUGAAAAUAUUUAUUGGAAUCAGGACAUUUUGUAAAUUUAGGCUACCCCAUUUUCACAUCCUCUGUAGAUGCAUUUUCUUAGGUUAUCACGGUGAUGUAAUCAAUUGAAAACAAGACAUCUGUUCAAUAUGAAUGAGUCUCACUCUGUACACUUUAAAUACACUCGCAGUGUUAUCUUCAU